AUGGUUACCGCUUCAGAGUUAAAUCAGUUGAAUGUAUGGAAUGACAAGAUCGAAGAAAGCACUUCUUGUCCGGAAAGCUAUAUUCCCGACUCCAUCAGUUGGAUGUUUGGUCUGUCAAAAAUUUGCAACACAAACAAUCUGUCGCCAACAACAAACCUUAGAAAUAAACGACUACAUUAUCUAUUUAAAAAUCACGGAAGUACUUCCAAAGAUCAAGCACUAAAUGAGAAAAAGAAUUCUAGUAGUAACGGUCUGGUCAAAGAAGGAGCAGACUCGUCGAUUGAUUAUCCAACAACACAAUUAAACACACAUGAAUUAACCAGUAAGUUAGAAUUGGAGUUAGUAGAAUCAUCCUUUUUAGAAUAUGGAAUAAACAAGGUAACAACAAGGGAAUCUUCACAUCAAGGUAAGGAGCGUGAUUGCCUGUUUGAUAGUAAAACUUGUGAUAUAAAUUGUUUGAAUUCGAUUUCAAUAGGGAAUAGUUUGCCUAGUGAAGCAGAGGGGAGUCUGUUUUUGCAAUCCACUAGAGAUAUCGAGCUGGAAAAUUUCACAGCAGCCCCACAUCAAGAGUUUAAUACACAAAUGGGACACUCUCCAGAGAAUAUGCUGAUUCACAGUAAUCCUCGGAAACACAGACGUGAUAAUAACAAUAUGGUGUACAAUUGUCCUAAACCUGUUAAAAGAUUCAAAUCCAAAUCUCAAUGUGACUUGGUAUUUCCAAACUUGAAUUUUCGAAACUCUGGUUAG